AUGGGGUGGUUGGUGGAGCGGGUGGGCGUGGUCUUCCGACGGCGACUGGUGGUCCUCUUCCGCUUGGGCCUCCGACAGCGGUUGGCGGAGCGCCUGGCGGCGAGCGCUGCGCCGUGGGAAGCCAAGGGUUUCGCUUCGGCGAGGCACAAGCGGGGCGGCAAGAAUCGGGAGAGCAAGGUGAAAUGGCGGCAGAUGCACUGGUUCGGGGGCGCGCGCCGGGGGCCCCCAGAGCAGCCGGGCCCGCCGCUGCCAGAGGAGCCGCCCACGCCUGGACCGUCCGAGGCCGAGCAGCCCAUGGAGCUGGAGCUGGCGAGGCGCGCGCCGCCGCGCGCGGAGCAGGGGCGGUUUCCCAUCGCUGGCCGAGCACUGCUUCUUUCCGCCAUCAACGAGCGGAUCGAGGUUCUCCUUGGGCACCGCGCCCCCCCGACGGGGCCCUCGACGCCGUUGCAGCCUUGCCCUUGGUCGGCUCUGGGCGUGCCCGACACCGCGGCCGACGACUUGCGCACUCUCCUGGCGUUCAGCACCUCUGAGCCGUGGAUCCACGGCGAGUCGGCCGCCCCGCAGCUUCUCCUCGGGCCCUGGUCGGAGUGCGGGGCGCCGCCGUCGCUCGAGCACGCGCCUCCGACGCCGUUGCUCGCGCUGCCGGCGCCGCCGCCCGCCCCCGACGCUGGCCAGGAGAUGUCGACGGGGCCGCCUGGCGCUGUCGGCGGCCAGAUCCCCAUCACGACGAUCGCGGCCCAGUCUGGUGCUGCCGCGCGCGCCGGGGCUGCUGCUUCGUCGUCGGGGCCGCCUGCUGCGGCGCCGCUCGUGGUGGAGGGCUCCGACACGGAGGCGGGCGCGGAGGUGGGCAGUCCGGCGGGCCCGCCCGAGCCUGCGUCGAAGAGGCGCGUCGUCCGAGACAGCGCCGAGGCCUUCGCAUUGCUUGCGGCCGACUGGGAGACUGCGCACCAGAGCACGAGUGGCGCUGCAGCGCGCGCCGCUGCAGGACAGGCCCGCAGAGCUGGCAGAGCCUUCACGACCGAGGAGGUCGCAGCGGCUGGGCUUCCGCCGCCGCCGCCGCUGGCGCCGCCGCCGCCGCUGGCGCCGCCUGCCUAUGCGUCGGCGCCGCCCCCCGUGCCCGACGGCGCGGGGACGGGCGCCGUCGCCGUGGACUACGCGGACACGGGGCCAAAAUUCGAGGGCGACGAAGCGCCGCGCGGAAGCCCAGGGGAGCCGCUCCACUUCGAGGAGGUGUCCAUCCACGCUGUGCUGCCUGUACCUGUGGUGGGCACGCCCGUGGGGCACUGUCGCAUGCAGGGCGGCCACCUGCAGCUCAAUGCAGGCGGCAAGUACCAGCGGCCGUGCGUUGUCGCGCAGGGGCCCUGGAAAACGGGGACGCACGCCCUCCACAGUUACAUGGGGCGGCACUUCGACGUCGAGGUGCGCAAGAGCAGGUGGGACGGGCGCGUCUCCUUCAACGGCCGCCACGUGUGGAAGCACGACCUGCUCCUCACGCCGUUGGAGUUUCCGCCAGAGGAUGAGCAGGGCCGCCCAGUGGUGGUUCUGGUGUGCACGCGCGAGCCGACCAGGUGGAUCAGAGCGCUGUCGAAGGGCGCCUACGAACUGAUGCCGAACUCUGCCAGCGGCGCGAAGCGGGUUCGGAGGAUGGGCGACGUGAGUUGGCUCUUGCGGGGGCCGAGAGACGAACCCGUGCACGUCCGCUGGCCCGCCUGGGCGAAAGGCCGCGUCGAUUACAAUCCAGAGUUUGAGGAUGCGUUCGACUUGUGUUGCCACUGCAUUGCCGCAGUGCUCCAUGGUACCGGCGUGGGCAGCCCGGCGCCUCCAACCCAUCGCGCCCUCGUCGUGCGGCACGAGGACCUCGUGUGCAGGCCCGAACUCGUGCUGAAGGAGCUCGUCAGGGCUGGCCUGCGAUCCAAGGGGUUGCCGUUUCAUCCGGAGCGCAGGCUUCUGGGGGGCCACCACGCCGACAAGGGGCGGGCGGUGGAGGCGCUGAGGGAGGAGGUGCAAACGCCAGUGGCCCUGGACAAUCAGAUGGUCGAUUGCAUGGUGUCGAGGGAUCAACGGUACCAAGGCCUGUUUGCCACUUGCUGGUGCCCGCCCGCUGACGGCAAACUUCAAGUCGACCACGUGAGUGUCGAGGAUGUUGCGCAGCGGCAUGAUUUAUCUGAUUCCCGCGAGCUGGCCAACUAG